UAAAAUUAUCGAUAUUAUAAUUUUUGGAAAAUGCAAGUAUAUCGACAGUUUAAAUCUGCUCAGAUGCAGAAUGAUGAAACUACCGUUGACCGUACAGUGUUAAUUCAACGUGCUCUCGAUAAGGCACGCGUAAAUAUUAAACAUAUAUAUACUCACAGUGCGGCGCUGGCCACAACGUUAAAAGAAACUAAAGACUGCUUUGAUGAACUAUUAGUGUUGUAUGGAGGAGGUAAUUCCAAAGGAGCACCACUAAGUAAUGGUGCAUCAUUGCAAUGGGAGAAUGGGUUGUCUUAUCAAUCGCUUCGGGAAAUAUCCGAACAUAUAGAGGCAAUCCGUGUAUCAAUAGAGUUAUUUUCUCGUGUGGGUAUAAAGGAUGCAUCGGAGACUGUUGAAAUGUAUGUGAGGCAAGGGAUGCCACUGAAGGAUGCAAUACCUGUAGAAAUCCAGUCACGAAAAAUGACACCCGACGAACUCAUAUGCACUCUUCAGCUGCUACCAACUUUAAAGGACAACAAAGCUGUAAGGGAAACCUCAUUGCGCAAAAGCAUCACGGAAGCUCACUUUGAACUUGUAAAUGCCAUUCGGUUCCACCAUCAGUUAUUAGCUUGUAGGGACUUUGCUACUAUUCCCAGCAAGUUACACAUACUUACUGCAAAUCGCAUAAAACGAACUAGGGCUAUCUUAUCCAAAUCAAUUAGGGAGCUUAUUGCGUUAAAUAAUCUGUAUGAGCCAUUUUUCUAUGAAUACUUAACUGCUCAGGAGACUGCUGAACUGAACGGUUCAUUUGAGAAGAGCACUAUUCCCAAGAAAUCCGUUCGUGAUAUACAGAAUGCGAUAUCCAUGUUUAAGAAGAAAGCCACCGACGACAAUGCUAUGAACCAUGAAGACCGUUUGAGUGGUUGCAUUGUCGAGAUGAAGAAGUUGGCUGAGAAGUUAAACGAGGUUUUUAAGGUUACUGAACCUAAUUUAUCCGGGGUGGAAGCUAGUAUAUGAUGCCUGACUAUGUUUGGUUUUAAACGGAAGCAUCAUUGCU